ACACAGUCCGCUCCCCACCUCACUGUCCACGCCCCCCGGAGCGCUGGUCCGCAGUGGCGGAAGUGACGCCAGGCCAGGCCAGAGGGCCUAGUCGGGGGACCCUCGCAGUCGCUCGCGGCCGCACCCUUAUCAGUUCGGAGCACCAUGGCGCCCUUCCUCUUCCUCGUCUUCAUCUUGCAGGCCGGGAGCAAGGCUGAGAUGAGCACCGCGGACCCGGAGCUGUCCUCGGUGCCGAAACCAACCAGUGUUACAAUUGAGGCCUACAACUUGAAUGCUGUUCUGUUAUGGGAAUACCCACUCAUGCCACUUAUGCCUGUGUUUACUGUACAGGUUAAGACCUACAGAGAUGCAGUAUGGAUUGAUGCCUGCAAUCAAACAACUCAUCAUUAUUGUAAUAUCUCUUACAUAAUUAAUGAUCCAUCAAGUCCUCUCUGGGCCAGAGUUAAAGCUAGGCUUGGACAAAAAGAAUCAGCCUAUGCCAUGUCCAAAGAAUUUAUUUUGUGCCAACAAGGGAGGAUUGGACCACCGAAACUGGGUAUCAGAAAGAAGCAAGACCAGAUCAUUAUUGACAUAUUUCAUCCUUUAGCUGUUAUAAAUGGAAAAGAACCAGAAGCCAUAUAUGAUGAAGAAAAUAAUUGUCACAUGUUCAUCUACAAUGUAUAUGUGAGGAUAAAUGGAAGUGACACCACAGAUAGAACGUACAUACAGAAGGAAGAUGAUUGCAAUGAGACUCAGUGCCACUUGAGUAUCCCAGUGUCCUCACUGAAUUCUAAGUACUGUAUUUCAGCAGAAGGAGUCUCAGAUAUAUGGGCUGUCACAACUGAAAAGUCCAAAGAAAUCUGUGUUACCAUCAUUGACGAAAACAGAAUAGAAGAUUCUAUUUGGAUUCCAGUUGUUGCUGCUCUGGUACUCUUUCUAGUACUUACCCUGCCAUUUGUAUAUUGUCUCAUUAAGAAGAUCAAUCCAUUUAAUAGAGGAAGCAUCAUGUUACCCAAGUCCUUGCUAUCUGUGGUAAAAAAUGCCUCAUCAGAGACAAAAUCUGAAUCAAAAUACAUAUCACCCAUUACCUACCAACCAAUUGUCCCAGAAAAUGAGAAGGUGAUCUGGGAAGAGCAGUUGUCUGCCGCAACAAUUUCAGGUGUGCACACUGAGGACAAUCCAGGAGGAGGAGAACACACAGAAGAACUUUCUAGUGAGACAGAAGUGGUGACCACUGAAGAAAAUACCUCAGACACGUCAGCCUCUGGGAGCCUUCCGCCCCCAGAAAUGAGAGAGGAUUGUACCCAUUCCAGUAGCGACCAGUCUAAGCCCUGCGGCACUGCUGUAAAUGCGUAUCACUCCAGAAAUGGUUCUGAUAGUGGCCUUGUGGAAUCGGACAGCUUCUUAUCUGAUUCAGAAGUUUCCUCAAGUAAUAAAACUGAAAUAAAGACAGCAGGCCAAGAGUCCAUAACACUGAGAAACACUACCACCUCCUUUGGUUAUGAUAAACCGCAUGUCUUAGUGGAUCUACUGGUGGAUGAAGAUGGUAAAGAAUCCUUGAUUGGCUACAGACUUACAGCAGAUUCCAAAGAGUUUUCAUAAGAUCAUCCCAGGACAGAGCAGCUUACCCAUUCAAGCAGUAGCCAGUCUGAGCCCUGCAGCACCGCUUUAAACGUGUAGCCCUGCAGCCCUGCAGCAAUCAGGAUGCAACAACUUUGAAGGAUCUGAUUUUCCUGAACAGUUUCUCUGCUUUGGUAUCAUGAAAAUGGGAUGGUAUCAGAGACUGUAGCUUUGUUGAUGUUACCCAAAUAGAGCAUCUUGGUCUAGAUAAAAAUGUAAAGAUCCUGUUUGGGACUGUCUCAUUUGGUAUGAAGACUGCAAAGACUUAAAAAAAACACAAAAACAACUAUUGUCACAUAUGACCCUUUCCAUCUGGGUGGGUUAGCAGUAACAGUGAACAUGCUCUAAUAACU